CUAAGUAAGGAACUCCAGCAGAAGGAUAAGAUCAUCGAGUCCCUUCACACCAAGCUACAGCAGCGUUCCGACACCCCCUGCAGCAGCCACGCCCACUCAGAGACCACUGACCAAUCAGACAGGACCUCCUUUGUGUCAGACGAGUGCCGGACCAAUGAGGACCUGGAGCUGUGCUCUGAUGUGGACGCAGCCAGCGAAUACGCUCAGGAAGAGCAGGGACAGGGGGCGAGACAUGGCCCAGGAAACACAGGUAUAGUAGUCACUUAAACUGAAGUAACAUGUGCUAUUCAUAGACACAUACGCUACAUCUCUCUCCAUCCUCUUUCCAACCUCCUCUCAUCCCUUUCACCACUCUUUUUCCAGACCUCCACCACUCCCUCCCUCCACCCUGUCUUAAGUUCUCCAGCAGUUGUCCUAACAUGCUGUACUCCACCCCUGAGAUGGCCAGUCAGACAGGUCCUGUGUUCUGCUCCCUACCCUCCUCCCAGUCCCUCCCCGCCUGUACCCUAACCAUGACCCCUGGGGUCAGCAUAUGACCUUUAACCCUCAGAUCAGGACCUUCUCUAUGGAAGCGACGCAACAGGAGCUGGAUACCCUGCUUAGACAGAUUUUUAUUUUAUUUUUUAUUUAACCUUUAUAUAACUAGGCAAUUCAGUUAAGAACAAAUUUGUAUUUACAAUGAUGGCCUACCAAAAGGCAAAAGGCCUCCUGCGGGGACGGGGGCUGUGAUUUCAACAAAAAAAAAUAUAUAUAUAUAUAGGACCAAACACACAUCACAACAAUAGAGACAACACAACACUACAUAAAGAGAGAGAUGACUAUGAAUGAGAGUGAGCAAAGUUAGCGUUAGCAUGUGUUUUUUUAGUAUACUAACUGAGGGACAGGCUUGGUGCUGUGGAUUGGGGGAGUAACAGAAUGGAGUAGAAUCUGUAGCAUGUAUUCAUGUAAUACCGACAGGGACAGCAUUGGCUGGAGUAGUGGCUUUAUAAAAUACAUUUGAUUGAUUGGAUGAUGUUAGGGCUAGCAUAGCAUGCCUAGAGUGGAUCAGGAUGAGACAGCGAAUAUACAGAGUAAAAACUUGGUGUGGAUGUGUCAAUGUUGGGGUUGAGAGAUCCUAGACUAGAGACUCCAACGAGGAAGAUUACUCAGUAUGGUGUUCCCGAACUUGUGAUUGAUGAUACAGCACCUGCUUCUGGUCCAGAUAUACUGUAAUACCCUCUAACAAGAACGCUUUCCCUUUAGAGGGUAUUACAGCAUAUCUGGACCAGAAGCAGGCGCUGUAUCAUCAAACACAAGUUGGGGCCAAAUGGCCAAAUCACCUUUAAGUAACAUCAAACCAAAAAUUGAGUUGAUUUGAAUUGAUUUCAGGUGAAUUGGACAUCAUUUUUUUAAACAUGCUCACAUGCCCCCAUCACUUCCAUUGAUUGUUAGUGUGUGGUGCUAAGGUUUGCUGAAGUUUGGAGUGGCUGUUUAAAGAAAACUGAACCAUGGAUUACAGUUGGAACCAUCUAACAUCAAGUUGUAAUAUAGUAAACUACUCCUUUAACAGCACCUAAGUGUGGCUCAUAAAUACAGACUACUUCUCUGUUCUGUAUGACUGUGUUUCUGACAUCUCUCCCAUAUCCAUGGUUACAGGCUUUGUGGUUCCGCAUGCCAAGGCUUUGUCUAACCUCCCACCGGCCGCCCACCACCAGCCAGACCACUCCCCUUUCGGGCAGAUUACCCAUCAUGCCUUUUACCCACACCAGCUAGGUGGCCGACCCGCAGGCCACGCUCUGAAGGCCGACACAGGCCUGGUGGAGAAUGGUGCAUUGUGGGAUAUGGAGAACAUGGUUGAGCCAGCCAGGGUUGGGUCAUCAGGAAACAAUUCAAGAAACAGCUUCACUGGUAUGAAGACCCCUUUCCAU